CGCAGCUUUUACGUGGGAUUCCCAAGCGGCGUCUCCGGAGAUGAGGAGGCGAUCGGGUCGAUGAUGUCGGUGGCGGAUUCGAAUAAGGAUGGGUUUGUGGGGUACGAUGAGUUUGAACACGUGUUGGGCUGCCGGAGAAGUCCGAGGAACAAGGGCCACGGCGUCGCUGGGGUGAUGGAGGAUGUGUGUAAGGUUAUGGACAGGGACGGCGACGGCAAAGUAGGGCUCGAGGAUUUGAAGAGCUAUAUGAAUUGGGCCGGGUUUUCUGCAACUGAGGAAGAAAUCAAGGCCAUGAUCAAAUUGGGCGGCGGUGAUGAAGAUAGUGGUGUAUCCUAUGAUGGUUUGCUCAAGAUCCUGGCCGUUGAUUAUGUUAACUAAUUUUGCACGUAUUUUUACCUGUAAAAGUAAAAUAAAAUGAAGAAAUUUCUGCAUAUUUGCCGAACUCAUCUUUUUGUCCCAUUAACUAAAAAAGCAUUGCGUUCCAAGUUUCUUGCCAACCUCCCCUUUAGAGCUCAGUCAAUUUCCUUUUUUCUUUUAAAAUAAAAAAUGCAAAAAAGAACAAAUUCUCAUAAUAAAACAUGUGAUUCAAAAGAAUAUUGGUUUAGGUUAUUAAAUUAUAUUUGUUGCACGUGACUUCCGGGGUUU